AUGCCUGCUCAAUUCAUUCAUUCACCAGAGUUCCACAUUGAUCUCGAGACAGACGAAAUCCUUAUGAACGGUUCGACUGAAGAAUCUGCUGGUGUGCUACUGCAUGGAUCUGUCUUUUUAAACUGUCAAGAACCAACAAAAAUCAAAGCAAUUCGACUAUCAUUCACUGGAACAGCAAAGGUUCAUUGGUCUGAAGGCAAUGGAUCAAUUCAACGUCCCUACAGAGAAGAAAUCACACUCAUUCAACAAGACUGGUCCUUACUUCCCUUGACUGGAAAAUCACAUUCUCUUGAAGGACAACAUCGAUGGGAAUUUGAGUUGGCUCUUCCUGGUCACUUGCCCGAGUCAAUUCAUCACAGCCUUGGCUCAGUAACCUACCGUUUCAAGGCCAUCAUUGAGCGGUCGACUUUUUUGAUCAACUACGCCACCAGCCGAUAUCUCCACAUCUCCCGUCGAUUGCGGCCUUCGUUUAUGCUGGCCCAGUCUGUUGUGAUCUCGAAUGUGUGGGCAAACAAGAUUAUGUAUGACAUUAGCGUUCCCAGCAAAGUGUAUGGGGCCAGUGACCAGAUCCCUGUUACCUUUUCGAUUUCACCCCUCACAAAUACCAUACGGGUUCUGUCGGUACUCUGUCUCCUAAAAGAAUAUACUUCCUUCCGCUCUAAAGGCCACCAUAAGGCUGAGAGUCGUAUUAUCCGAUACUGUCGGGAUGACCAUUUUCCGAUGCCGCAGUCCGGAAGAUGGGUCAAGACCGAAAAGAUCGACACUGCUUCGUCUGAGCAAAUCCAGUGCGAUACUGUCAGUGAAUUGAUACAAGUCAAGCACAAGCUCAAGUUCACCGUGUCUCUCAUGAAUUCUGAUGGACAUGUAUCUGAAUUAAGAGCUGCGAUCCCUGUCAUUAUUUCUCCGGAGGUUCCCGAAGAAUUGGAUAGUCUGCCUGUUUAUGAAGAAAUCUCACAAUUGCCAUGCAUCCAGGCCCUAGUAGAAGGAGUCUGUAAUGAUUGGACAAACCUUUCUCGGGUACCCUCGUACGGAACUGCUUUGCGUUCACCCGCCUCCUUCCCAGUCAUCGCAUCUCCUGCCUACGAAACCAUUGUCUAG